AUGCUUUCCUCCGUCCUCACCGCCGCCCUUCUCGCGCUCCAGGCUCCCCAGUCCGUCUUCGCAGGGCCUAUCCAAGCCCCCGACCUUCAACGCCGCGACGACCGGCGCCCUACGCCUUCGAAAUCUGAAGUAGAGGACAUGAUGGAUCUGUGGAACGACUACGGCAUCGAGCACGUCUUCUACACCCUGACGCAAACCGCAGCGAAGAAGUGGGCGAACGACCACUACGACGACUUCAGCCGCAUCACCAUCUGGGACACGGACGAGGAUCUGCAGAACGGUCUACUCUGGGAAGACUACGGCGAGGUGCAGAACCUGUGGGUCGAGGUCUACACCGAGCAGGCCCAGGGCGUCGCCUGGGUCAUGUACGUGGACGGAAGCAAGAUCCCCUCCAACUCCGAGAGCGCCUACGACAACAUCGAGAAGCCCAUCCUGGAGAGAAACGCCAAGGACGAUGGGAACGCUCUCUUCGAGGUCAUCCAGGUCAGCGCCGCCAAUACGAACGAGAUCUAUCAGAUUCUUCCCGUUGAUGUGCGCGACUUUUCCGGCUGCAGCUGGCACGGUGAGGCUCCCGACUGCGAUUCCCAGUGUCCUGAUGGAACCAACGAGAUCACUCGGAGCCACUACGGCGACGACCCCAAUGGCAAGUGCACUGGCCAUGGUAAGAAGGUCUUCUGCUGCCCGGCUUAA